UAGUGCAAUGAGUAAACCCUCUCGUGUGCAAACUACUGAUCAGCCAUGCGAAAAUUCUAUAGAAGAUGGACUCAAUUCUGCUAUUGGUACCACUACAGAACGAACUACUACUGGGGUCAGAAUUAGUUCACGUCUUCAGCAUCAAACUGCUAAUGAUCAGCUAUUGAUAAAUGUUACAACUGAAGAGCAAAAUGAUAAUGUGAUGUCAGCCAGUAAUCAAGACCCUCCUACAGGUCCAACAAAAAAGGUGCGGGGAAAGACAAGAGGAGUGAAUGCAGAUAAGGUGCUUUCUCAAUUGAAUGCUAAAAUACCUGUCACUCUGACCGAACAAAAUGGCAGGCCUACAGGCCCAUAUGCUGAAAUGUUGGCCAAUGAAAUUGGUUUCACAGUUCGAAACCAUGCCCCACUAAAUGUGGAAAAAUGGAAGAAGAUUCCAAAAAUUGAAGUGGAUAAGUUGGUUAAAAGAAUAACGGUGAGUGAUGGUUUGUUUUUUUGA